CCUGCAGCAGCGGCCAAGCAGCGGAGCAGCAGCGGCAGCCUCCUCCGGCGCACAUGGAGCACAGCGGCGCGGCGCAGCUGGUUCACUGAGCAUGGAGGCAAACAUUGUGGUUCUGGGGACCGAGAGCGUCGGGAAGUCAGCGCUCACUGUGCGUCUUUUAACCCGGAGAUUCAUUGGAGAGUAUGGACACAUUGAAUCCAUCUACAGUCACAGUUUCACGGUGGAUGGGAGAGAGAUCACUCUCAAUAUUUGGGAUUUACCAUAUUCUGAGGACUUGUCCAUGGAGACGUCCCUCUUUGAGAAGAAGGUCCGGUGGGCAGACGGCUACAUCCUCGUCUACAGCAUCUGUGACCGGGCGAGUUUCAACAGCGUCAGCAGACUCAUUCAGACCAUCCGGUCGGCCAAAGACUACCUCAACGCAGACAAAGUGCCCAUUGUGAUUGUGGGCAACAAGAAGGACCUGCACCACAGGCGGACAGUGCUUAGCGAGGAGGGUCGGCUCCUGGCCCUCAACACAGACUGCCACUUCUACGAAGUGUCAGCGGCCGAGAACUACCACAGCGUGCUCAUGGCGUUUCAGGGGCUGGUGGACAGGAUGAAGGACGGCAAGCUGACCGCCAAGAGGCCUCUGGGGCUCAAGGGCAUAGUGAAGAGCAUGUCAGCGGUGUUUGCCAGGAGACGGAUAGACUCCAUUUAGUCAGAGCACGACUGAAGAGGAAAUAGUUUUCUAUGAAACUGUGUUUCUUGCUGUACAUAUAUGAAAGACUGUCACUGAGCUGUUACCAGGUGUGCCAUAUGUUCCUGUGCCUAAUGGAGCCUCCAGACGCUGAGGCACCACCGAGACGGGAGCUGCUUUACAAUUAAAAAGUGAAGUUAAACUUCAGAGAAGAAACAAGCCAUUAAAAUUCAGAAAAAAAAGUGAAAUGUUACAGACGCGACAGAUGUUUUCAAGGACAGGUUAUCAACUUAACACGUCCAGCUUUGCAAGACUGAUGAAAUGACACGAUUAAUACUGGUCAUGUAACAUAUAUAUUUGGAAUAAUAUGCAAUAUGUUUAAAUGAUGUUUUAAAGAUUGUAAUAAAACCUAUUCACAAAUGAAA